GAACUUCACUUCCCAGAAGGCCGUGCGCCGCGCAUGCGCAGGAGCGUCAGCAGCAUGGCAGCCGCGAGCGGAAUGGAGUGGUUGAAGAGUGUGAAAGGAGUGAUAUUAGACAUGUGUGGAGUUCUGUAUGAUAGUGGAGAAGGAGGAGGACAAGCGAUACCCGGAUCUAUAGAAGCAGUGAAGCGGCUGAUGGACUCGGGUCUGAUCGUGCGCUUCUGCACUAACGAGACUCAGAACACGCGUGAGCACUUCGUGCAGAAGUUGCGUGUGAUGGGCUUCGACAUCAGCGUCAGUCACGUGUUCUCGCCCGCGCCGGCGCUCGUGCGCAUCAUCAGAGAGAGACGCCUGAGGCCACACCUGCUGGUGCACGACGGUCUGAUGGCAGAGUUUGAGGGCGUGGACACGAGUUCUCCUAACUGUGUUGUGAUUGGAGACGCUGCGGAUAAAUUCUCCUACCAGAACCUGAACGAAGCCUUCCGUGUUCUGAUUGGCCAGGAGAAACCCCUGCUGUUCUCAUUGGGCCGAGGACGCUACUAUAAGGAGACGGACGGGCUGAAGCUGGACGUGGGGGUUUACAUGGCGGCACUGGAGUACGCCGGGGACGUCCGGGCCGAGGUGGUGGGAAAGCCGUCGGCUGAUUUCUUCGGGACGGUCCUGAAGGACAUGAGUCUGCAGCCACACGAGGUGGUGAUGAUCGGUGAUGAUCUGGUCAAUGACGUUGGAGGAGCUCAGAGCUGCGGGAUGAAGGGCAUUCAAGUCAGAACCGGCAAAUACAGACCGAGUGAUGAGCAGCACGCGAGUGUGAGAGCCGACGCAUACAUGGAUGACCUCGCCGCCGCCGCGCACGCCGUCCUGACAUCAUCACUGACCGAACACUGACAUCAUCACUGACCGACCACUGACAUCAUCACUGACCGACCACUGACCGACCA